AUGGAGACGUACCCAACAGCCGAAGUUUCUGAGUCUUCGCCAAUCAGCAAAAGAAAGCCCAGAACUUGCCAAUAUUGCCAACGUCACUUCCGGCGCUAUGAGCACUUGCAGCGGCAUAUUCGAAUCCAUACAAAUGAAAAACCAUAUAAAUGCUCCUGUGGGGCUUCUUUCGGGCGCCGGGAUCUUCUAAAGCGUCACCAGAGUAUCGGUCAUGCGCCAGCCACCACCACGCAGCAAACGUUGCCGGUCACGGGCUUUGAUAACAGGUCUGUGCAGAUACAGAGUAAUUCUCUCCACGGGGGCUCAAAUGAGUCUCUUUGGGGAACUCCCGACUUGCAAAAUGCUUCUUGCGGGCUAGUUGAUCGACAAAGGCGAUCGGUUGGCUACCAACCCCAAGGUACGGCAACUGCAGAAAUGCGUCCGAAUGCAAUACUAUGA